AGAAGCGGAAGAAAAAGCCGAAGAAAAGACGAAGAAUUGAGAUCCUGAAGCGUUCUGGAUCUCUGUCUUUCUCUGUUUCCUCUUUACACGUCGCCACUUGUCCCCAAUUCAACAAGAAGGCCUUCGGAUUACCUGUCCGGAGCGGUGUGCGAGUUACGCUGUCCACGGUCACUCCUGCGUCGCCGCAAAUCUUCCCUAUUUCUUGGUUCUUUCUCUUUAAAGGUCUCUCCUCCGCUCGAAAAGCUCGUCUUCCUGGUGACCAGCAGAGAGCGACCGUCUGCGUCGAACGGACGCCCGAGACAGCUUCUCUCGGAGUCGCGCCAGACGCAGAAGAUUCUGGCAGACUCGACCUCCCGCCUGUUGAGGCGCGCGUUUUCCGCGGGGGGGGGGGGGGGUCGCAUUUGCGGCUCUUUCGAUCGACACUAGAGUCUGGAGACACACAGACGCGAAGUCUAGCGUUUAGCAGCGCGUUUUUGAGGCUGAAACAGAGGGAAAAGCGCGCUUGCGUCGAGACAAGCUGGCGCCGUGAACCUCACAGUCGCCGCCUUCUCGUUUGAGCGAAGAAACCGCGAACGCGAGACGACUGAAAUCCCGCGCUUUCUGCACAGACGGAGGCGCGCGCGCGCGAGUUGCGUCUCCGCCACCGGUGCACUCAGGAGUCCUCCGGAGAAAAUUCACUUGGUGUCUUCACCCCUUUGCGUUCCGGGUCGCUCUGACUUUUUUUGUCUCUUUCUCUUCGCACACCUUUCAAGUUCCCCCACAAAAUGCCCAAGUGCAUGAUCUUUUGCCCCGUCGCGGCGACGCCGGCGCAGCAGGACGCCCUCUUGAAGGACGCCGAAAAAGCCGUCGCAGACGCUCUGGGGAAGCCUCUGAGCUACGUCAUGGUGGGAUACUCGCAGACCGGGCAGAUGCGUUUCGGCGGGAGCAGCGACCCGUGUGCGUUCAUUCGCGUUGCUUCCAUUGGAGGCAUCACCAGUUCCACGAACUGCAAAAUCGCCGCUGCUCUCUCCGCUGCAUGCGAACGCCACCUGGGCGUCCCCAAGAACCGCAUCUACACGACAUUCACAAACAAGAGCCCCUCUGAGUGGGCCAUGGGCGACCGAACUUUCGGCUGAGCUGAGAGCGCUCUGGACGUUUCAUGCAGAGAUCUGUCUUCGGAUUUGUCGCGGAAAACGUCUCGGUUUGCGAACCGUGUCGAGUAUGAACUGAGGGGUGCACCCAGAGACUUCAUCCGCGGGCGCUGGUUACCGGAACUGAGUUGAAAAGGCGCUCUAUACAUACAGCUGGAACUGUCACAGACUCACGAGAGCACCGAGUCGAAUACUGCCGCAGACUUCUUUCCAUUUGUUGCAUGGUAUUAUUUCAAGUUCUUUCUAAACGUCUGUGCUCCUUCCUCUCUGCGCUCGGGCAUCACCCUUGUACAAGAAAAGAGAUUUACGAACCAAGGAGACUUAUCUCCACCAGGUAGAGUACUUGCUGCUUCUCUCCUCUGUGCGUCUUUCGCACUCUUUUCCUGGCGUCCUGCUUCCGUCGUUCUCUCACUCUUCUGCUCUUUCGCCGC